CAGGGGGGGAGAGAGCCAGGGAGAGCCAGAGAGCCGGCCAGAGCGAGCAGGGGAUCCUUGCCUUCUGUAACCAAGCGGCGGCCCACAGACAGACAGACAGACACAGACAGUCGGACGUCUCCCUCCCUUCCCGUCCCUCCUGUGGUCGGUUUGGUUUCAUUGUUUUGUAGCAAAACUCACACAGACACAGACAGAGACAGACAGACAGACAGACGGGAUGGAGUCUCUCGCCCACUCGGGAGGUUUCGCAAUGGAUGAAUUGGAAAAUCAAACAUUUAAUUCAGUGGCAGAAGAAAUUGGUUACUGGAAGGAAUUUGCACUGAAGUACAAACAAUGUGCACAAGAGGCUCGGGAAGAGCUAAUUGAGUUUCAGGAAGGAAGUCGGGAACUGGAAGCUGAACUGGAGACUCAGUUAGAGCACGCUGAAAGUAGAAACCGGGACCUAUUGUCCGACAACCAGCGGAUCCGUAGCGAACUCGAGUUAUUCAAGGAGAAGUUCGAAGCACUUCAUUCGGAGGAUUACAAGCGGACCACAAUGCUGCAGGAUGAACUCACUCAAACCACAGCUAUCAAAGAUCAACUGCAGAAGUAUAUUCGAGAGCUGGAGCAGGCAAAUGAUGACCUGGAGCGGGCAAAAAGAGCGACUAUUAUGUCGCUGGAUGAUUUCGAACAGCGUAUGAACCAGGCGAUUGAGAGGAAUGCGUUCCUGGAGAGUGAACUCGACGAGAAAGAGACACUGUUGGUUUCAGUACAAAGGCUAAAAGAUGAAGCGAGAGAUCUGAGACAAGAGCUGGCAGUGCAACAGAAACAGGAGCCUAUCAGGAAACCUGCAAUUGCCUUGCUGGAGACUGAGAAGAUUGACCCAGCCACACAAACAUCUGUAACAACACCUGCAACACCACUGACGUGUAAAAGGCCCAACAAUGUGUUCGCCACACCUGGAUUGCUUACAAAAAGUAUUCCCGAAGGCUACAACAGCACUCCUCUAACUCCGUCAGCCAGAAUAUCUGCACUUAACAUAGUAGGAGACUUGCUUAGGAAAGUUGGGGCGCUGGAAUCCAAGCUUGCAUCCUGUCGGAAUUUUGUCUGGGAUCAAUCUCCAACCCGGCCGUCCGCUCAAUUUGGGAACAGUACAAUGAAGGAUAACAAUGACAACCGGUUGCACAAAGUCGGUGUAACCCAGUACGACAAAGGGUUAAACAAACGGCUGGAAUUCGCAACACACACUCCAAAAGUCAGCACGCAAGCCACAGUGUCUCCCCAGGGAGUGGUCAAAAUCUUACUUUGAGCGCCUUGUCCAUUUGAGCGCGUUCAUUUUUGUUUGUUUGUUUGUUUUCUUACAGUGUUUUUUACAUGGAUAUUUUUGUAACCGAGCUAUUUAGGUGCCAGUUGCGAGGUUAGUAAAUGAAGAGUUUGAUUUUCGUUGUUCCUUAUUUUCAGUGGAGGUUGAAGUGAAAUAAGAUGGAUCUUUCAUAUUGAAGGGGUUUGGCCUGUUUCAUUGCAGUACUGUAUUGUACUUAGCAUCGAUGCAAGUGGACUGAAACUCAUAUUCAAAGGCCCCAAAUCGACAGUGUUUGAGUCUUUCUAUUGACCUCUGUUUCAAUUAUCAUUUUACGGUAACUUCCUUAAUUUAAGCAUGCUACCGUGAGGGAAUAGUGGAACAUGUGGAAAGGCCAAAUGAAAUCCAACCUGUAUAAAGAGUAAUUUGUACAAAUUUUCUUGCAUAAUUGUUGUACAGUAAUUCCCGUAUUAGCUCCGGUAGCUUGAGCUCUUAUAUAUAUAGGUUCUUUUUUUAAAAAAGAUUAUUAGAUCUAAGUUAUUGACGUCACUAAUUGGCACUUAAAAUGUUAACAUUAGUCACUGGCACAUUUUUUUAACAAAUAUAGAGAAAAAAGUAUUUUCGCGUAAACCUGAAUGGCUAUUGAAUAUUCGGGUAUGUCAGAAGUUGAUCUUCUUUGACCCCCAUUGUCUGUUGAUCCCAAUUUGCAUUUGGCACAUUUGAUGCUGUUGGUAAAUAUCCUGUGGCUGGGAAUGGGAAAUAAAGGAGGAAACUGUUCAAAUGA